GAGUGCACUGUGCUGACGAGCCGUUGCUUUUGGAAACAGCUGGUGGUUUCUGUCAGCGCACACUUCGGAUUGACAGCGACAUUUAGCAGGAAUAAAAGUUCAAAUUAGACUCGAAACUGACUGAGUGCGCUUUGAUUUGACCCUGCGCUGCUGCUCCACCAGACGUCGGGACAUGUAAUCCUGUGAACGCCACUUUAUCAGGCAGUUGUUAAUUAACGACCUAGCUUGUUAGCGGCGGAAUCACUUGGACGCUCGACGCAGCCCGGUUGCUAACGCCUGCUAGCUAACUUUCUACUCCCAUAGCAACUACCGCGAUACAGGCUUUCUGUCAGCGCAGAGAAACUGUCCACCGUUGCUCUCCUGGCAGUGUAGGACGACUUUAUUUUUCUCUGUUUCAGCAUGACUCAUGUUCAUUAUAAAUUCUCCUCUAAACUCAGCUACGACACGGUGCUUUUUGACGGCCCGCACAUCACGCUGAGAGAUCUGAAGAGGCAGAUCAUGGGCAGGGAGAAGCUCCGAGCCGGGGACUGCGACCUGCAGAUCACAAACGCACAGACCAAAGAAGAGUACACAGACGACGAAGGUCUCAUCCCCAAAGGCUCCUCCGUCAUCGUCAGGAGGAUCCCCAUCAUCGCAACCAAGUCCAGCUCAAGCAGCAAAAACCACAACAUAGAGCGAUCAGACAACCAGCAUCACCACGCCUCUGGAGCCAUCAAAGCAAUGGAUGACCACAAUUCUUCAAGAGCUUUACCCUUUUUCUCCAAGAUGACUAACCUGGCUCAUGCGGACGUGUCGGAGGAUGAUAAAAUCAAAGCUAUGAUGAAUCAGUCUGCCUAUGAUACCAUGAGUUACACCAAGAAGUUUGGUGGCGUUCUUCCCGCGAACUACGCCUGUUAUCGCUGUGGAAAUACUGGACACCACAUCAGGAACUGUCCCACCGGCGGGCAGGAUAAAAAUGCUGAGGCGCCUCUGAGGAUUAAGAAGAGCACAGGCAUCCCUCGUUCCUUCAUGGUCGAGGUGGAUGAUCCCAGCAUAAAAGGAGCCAUGCUGACCAACUGUGGACGAUACGCCAUUCCUGCCAUAGAUGCGGAGGCAUACGCCAUUGGCAAGAAAGAGAAGCCCCCGUUCGUUCCACAGGAGCAGCAAAAAUCAGAAACUGUGGAGGAACCCGUACCAGACGAACUCCUCUGUCUCAUCUGUCAUGACCUGCUGACUGACGCCGUGGUCAUACCCUGCUGUGGAAACAGCUACUGUGAUGACUGUAUUCGCACUGCCUUGCUGGAUUCAGAGGAACAUGUCUGCCCCACUUGUGGCCAAUCAGAUGUCUCCCCUGAUACCCUGAUAGCCAAUAAAUUCCUCCGACAGGCUGUGAACAAUUAUAAGAAAGAAAGAGGCCACACCAAAAACUUGAAAGGAGUGUCUGGAUCUUCCCAUUCCUUAAAUCCAACCCCAACACAGAGCCCUGUCCCCACCCCGCCCCCUAUUGCCACGCUGAGCCAACCCCAGAGGCCCCACCAGUUGACACAGAGCCAGCAGGACCCUCUCCUGCCCCGCCCACAGCCUGCAGACACGCCGCCACUGUCUCAGGUGGCUGAGGCUCCUCCUGCAGCAACAGGUCCCACCUCUGCUUCCAGCACACCUAGCACUUCCCUCCAACCUGUGCAGAGCCAUCUGGAGAUACCCAUCAAGGUGGCUGGAGGAGAGACACAUGAUGACUCGGUGCCUUCUGCUGCUACUGCUGCUGCUGCUGCUGCUACUGCUACUGCUGCUACUGCCUCUGCUGCUACUGCCUCUGCCUCUUUGCUGGUUGCAAACAAAGACCCCACUCCUGCUCCAUCACAGCUGAUACCACUGGUUAAUUACACUCCAGUGGCAGACCAGCCCCCAUCAGUCAGUUUAAAUCUACAGCAGUCCUCUUCAGGUCCAGCCCCAACUGGUCUGGCCGCCUGCUGGGACAACUCCCCUUCCUCCUCAGCUUGUCCCACCGGAAGUUGGACUGAAUCCACCGCCCAGCAGCUCCCUCCUCCCCCCUCCACCUCUUCUUCCACCACCCCAUUCUCAGCUACUCCACCUCCACCUCUCUUCCCCUCCCCCCAUUUCCCCACGUUCCUCUCGGCUCAGCAGCCCCUCAGUGGUUUCCCACCUGGAUACCCGCCUGCCCCGCCCAUCUGGACGCUACCAAACCCCCAUGGUGCCCCCAUCCCUUCCCUGUGCUCUUCCACCUCCUCCAUCCCUGCCCUCAUCCCCAAGGAGUGGUUCAGGCAUCAGAGAAAGAAGAAGGAAAGGUCUCCUCACAGAGGAUCCUCCUACAGACGCUCUUCCUCUCGUUCUGAUUCCAAAGCUUCAAAGUCCAAAUCUUCCCGUUCCUAUUCUCGCUCUUCAAGCAGGUCCAGAUCUCGUUCCCGGUCCAGAUCCCAAGGCAGAUCAAGGCCCCGCUCUCCUUACUCCCGUGCCAGAGACCUCCACUCCCACUCUCGUCCACCUCGCUCCUAUAGCUAUGGUUACAAACGAUCACGCUCCCCUACGCCAUCCUCAUCAUCGUCACCUCGGGUGGGUCACCACUCCAGGUCCAAGUCACCGUCAGAUCACCGGAAAAAACGUCAUCACAGCAAGAAGUCCGCUUCGAGCAGCUACAGCUCAAGGAGGGGCGGAGAACACCCAUCCACAUCAGGUCUCACUCAGAGGGACCCAGGAGGCUCAUGGGGGAGUUUAGCCCCUUACCAGUUUGAUGUGCAUGCAGCUCAAAACAGCAACCUGGAGAUGGACAGAGAGCGCUACAUGCAGUGUAAAAAAGAGUACAAAGAGUGGUGUGAGAAAUAUUUUAGCAGCUAUGUCAACCAUUUCCACCAACUGCCGCCUUCCCUCCUCACCCUUCCUCCUCCUCCUAAUCCUUAUUGGGGGGACAGAGAAGGAAGCACAAAUCCCUCACAAAGCCACUUCGACUCUCGCUACCAACCCCAAAGUAGACCCACUGCCCAGACGGAUGGCCGCUCCCCUCCGUCUCAGUCGUCCAGUGACAGCCGCUCCACGCCAUCUCGGUCCUCAAGUGACAGCCGCUCCCCUCCAUCUCAGUCAUCCAGCGACAGCCGUUCCCCUGCCUCUCGGACAUCCAGUGACACCCGCUCAACGCCAUGCGAAGAAAGACCUCAUCGGCUGAGGGGCACUGAGAAGGAGAGCCGCCCGCCAGUCCCACCAAGAGAGGCCAGCAAAGAGGUGGGAAUGCAAGAAAGAAGAGCCCUGGCACAUGCACAAAAGAGGACAAGGAAGGGAGGAGAAGUAGAGGAGUCAUCAUCCCCUGAUGCUGCGGACUCAACAGAUGACAGCAGAAACAACAAAAGGAGGCAGAGCAGCAGACCAGAUGCCUGCAAUGAUCGCACACCAGCACAGGAAGAAACAGCUGCCAGCGAUGCAGGAGAAUUAGUCCAAGUUCCCCUGAAAUCAGAUAAACCUUCGGAUAAAAACUAUGAAAGAAAAAGUAGAGAGCAAAGAAAUUUGGAAAGAGAGAAAGGAUGGAGAAGAGGCAAAGAUUCAGACUCCAGGCAGGAUUUGGAGAGACAUCACAAAGCGAGGUCCAGUAAAGAGGCAGGCAGGGCGAAUACAGACAGGGACACAAAGCCUGAAGGCAGAAAAUAUUCUGACUCUAGAUCAGAGAAAAAGAGAAAGAGGAAAGGAGAGGGCUCGGAGAGAAAUGAGAAGGAGAGAAGUCACAGCUCCAAGACCAAAACCAAACUCACGGAGGACCCUGAGAACCGCAAGAGUGAAUCGCCGAAACGGUUUGACAGAGAGACGCCACAAAAAGAGAAGAAAAUGGAGAAAAAAAAUUGGCCUCUAAAAGAAGUAGACAUCUGGGAGGGAGAGAUAAAGGUGAAACCACAGAAGAAGAUAAGCAUCAACAUCAACCUGGAUGGGAAAAAGAAGGAGGAGAAAAAUGAAAAACAGGACCUGUCUUACCCAGAGACGAUUGCAGAAAAAUCAAAGGAAGGGGCUGAGAGGGCUGCUGCUGGAGAGGAGACACAGUUAAAAAGAGAGACAGAAAUUAUAGUAAAUGAAAGGAAGGAAUCCAUCGGAGAACAGGAAGGUGUGCUAGAAGAAAAAAUAAAAACGGAUGAAAAAGAAGAGAGAGGCAUGUGGGAAAAAGCCACCUUCAGAGAUGACAAGGGAGAGACUUUUGAGAAGAUUGCUGGAGAGGGAGAAGACAUCAGAGAGAGGAAGGGGGACGGAGGAGAGGAGGACUUUAACUUAUGGCUUAAUGCCUUCAGAGGAGUGGAGAGCAGAGAAGAGACUGAGGCCAGCAAGAGAGAAGAGGUGACGGGAGACGAGAGGAGGAGCGUGACUGGGAAAGAGGAGGAAGGAGAGAGAGUGAGAAGUGACGACAUACUAAAAGAAAUGGGAGAGUUUGUCGCAGGUGCCCAAACCCCACUGGGGGCGUACAAACCAAAAGAGCAGCUGACAGAGGAAGAGUUGAAGUCACAGGGGAGCAUAAACGAGUCCAUGGCGGAGAAUGGCAGCAGCACAGUGGGCAGCUGGGGAGGUGAGGAGUGUCAGGAGAGGUGGACACUGGUGAAAACCCUGGAGGAAUACGCACAAGACGAGGCUGAAGACGGAGAUGCCAAGCUCUUGCUUAUACAGGUCCCUCGCUCCAAAUGGGAGAAAGAAGAGUAUGAGGAAGAAGAGCAGGACAAAGGAGAGAUACAAGUUCAAACAGACACUCUCCCGGUAGCUCUGCCUCCGCCACCGCUGACACCAAGUAACAAUGAAACAGAGAGAGAAAAUGAGAGGCAGAGGUCAGUGGAGAAGAAGAGAGACAAGGAAAGACCAACAGAGAGAGGAAGAGACAGGGAGAGAGAGAGAAACUCCUCCCUGACCACUUCAGCCAGAAGUGUGGCUCCCUCUAGUGGCAAAGACAGAACUGACAGCAGCUUGUGUACAGACAGGGACAGAGGGAGGGAGCGUGAGAGAAAAAGCCAAAAAGAGAGGACGAGGGAGGAGGAGAGAGGGAGAGACAGGGAGAAAGAAAGAGAACACAGCAGCAUCCUAAAGAAGAAUGUCUCCUCUUGUACUCACUAUUCCUCUUCCUCUGCGUCACAUGACACAGAGAGGAGAGACAGGCAGCGCGGUGGGACCCAGGGCAGCAACAAGAGUACCUCCUGUCCCGGUGGGAGCAAAGAAAUCAGUUCAAUAGGCCGAGCUGCUGAAGCACCCAACGAGAAUGCACUUAAAACACACAGAGACAUGUUACUGAACUUUAUAUUUAAAGAAAAAGAAGAGCAGAAGGACGUACAUGUCUACUAUCAUGAUAAUCACAUAGAUCCAACAUACGACUGCAGACAUGAAGAAGCGCCUUCCCUCACCCACAGCUGGGGUAAGGAGAGAGACCCACUCCCCUCUAAAUCCCCGAGAGGACUGCAAGGAGAAUCAGAGCCCAGUAAGCCCAGAAUAAGCAGCCCUGAUCCUGAAUUAAUGCAUGUUGCCAGAUCUGAUCAGCCAAACACCUGGAUGUCCAGGAGCUGGCACGCAGUCUCAUCCACAGAGCCACCCAAAUCCAGUCAAGAAAUGACCGGCAGCUCAGAGAAAGAAAAAGAGAAGAGGGACAACAGAAGAAGAACCGAGAGCAGGGAAGAGGAGUGGAAGAGAUACAAGCUGGAUAAAGCAUUAAAAGAAAGCAAAGGGGAGAGAGAGAUGAGAGAAACUGAGGCCGAGAGACAACAAAGCGGUGGGUGGGAGGCUGAUAAAUUGGACGGAGAGGCAAAAUGGGGGGCAGGAAAAGAGCUGGAGGAGGGAGAGAGGCCCAGCAGCCGCAGCAGCAGCGUCAGUUCUUCAGCGAGCCAGGGGAACAGCAAGGACGACGGGAGAAAAAGCAGGAAGAAGAAACAGAAGAAGCACAAAAAGGAGAAGAGACCGGCCGGCCCUGAGCUGGAGGAAGGAGAACUAAAAAAACACAAGAAGAAGAAGUCAAAGAAAAACAAAGAAGGAAUCAAAGAGGAGAGCAGUGGAGAGGUGGAUGAGAGAUGGAAAGAGGAGGAAGAUAACAUUGAGCUUCCUUUCUCUGUCCAAAAAGUGCCUGGAUUUAAUUUUUGACUUUUUUUUUUUUUCCCUCCCAAGAUACUUUUUUUUGUAUCACAUUAAUAUCUAAUAUAUGCAUUAUCCAAAAUUAAAUUGAACAAAUUGUGAAGGAAAAGCACUUUACUUAUGGAUAUGAAAAAUGAAUGUGAAUGAAAGCAAACGUUAAGAUCUUUGACCUCUUGAAUAAUUUAAAGUUCAAGGACUUUGCACACACGCUCACAAGUCGCUCAGGACUGCCACCAGCUGUGGUUCACAUUCACUGAACCUCCAAAGUCGCAGCUCGCAUGAAGGAGUUUUCAUUUUGCCAAAGAGGUCAGCCAGUCAUUUGAUUUGUCUCACACAGGAGUGCACAUAGAAGAUUGUGAGGAAGAAAUGGUUUGUGAUCCAUUUAAAACUUAAAACUGUGAAUAUUUAUGAUUUGAUCCUCUGUGUUGUAUUUUAUUUUUAUUUUUAAUUUUGUAAAUGUUUAAUUUAAAAAAGAUGUUGUUGGAUGGACACAUGAUUAACAGAGGAAAGUUUAGUUUUUCCUGUUUUGAAGGAAAUAAAAGAAACAUCCAUAAAAUGUA